AUGUUUCUAACAGGUUAUCAGCAUGUCGCGUUCCCCGACCUUUCUGAUAGUCGCGUUCAUCAUAACUCUACCACCUACGUCAAGUCAGCAUCUCUCGACUUGGUGGCUUUCCAACAGUGCGGUAUAGAUACACCAGGAUCCGCUGCCCUAUUGCUUGCCUCGUUUUGUAACAUAUUGGGCUUGUACUGCGCAUCCUCAGACAUCUUGGUCGGCAUUCUAUCAGCAGGCGCAACUCUCCCCUCUCGGUUUCGUUGGAAUGCCGAAACAGUUUGGGGCGAUCUAGUGGACGAAGCUCGUCGUUCACUCCACGAAACUGCAUCCCCAAAUUUCACCGAGUCUGAGUUGAAGAGUGAGCUCGGCUUGAAAGAGGACCAAUCACCAUUUACUGCCCUCUUCGUCCUUGCUGAUUCUGGACCAGAGAACGUAUACAUCCCAGAUGACCUUAGAUCUCCUUUGCUUUUGUUUGAUCCUUCGGCAGCUUUGCUGUCUGUCCGAACUUCAUCGCGCCUUGUACACCCUGCCGUGGCCGAUCAGUUACUUGCUCAGAUAGCGGUACUGUCGGUGCACGCAGCUCAAAACCUCAUUUCAAAGAUCUCAUCACCUCCUUACCCAGCUGACUUUGCAUCUACCUUCCAGUGCCUUUCCUCUGAGGCUCGUGCGUCCGUUUAUGGUCAUAUCCGUCCUGUCACCAUUGCCACAGACUUUAUCCUCCCCUACGUCCAAGCCGAUCCUAAUGCCCUAGCAGUGUGUUGGUACCCUACUUUGCCAGCGGGUCCUAGAGACAAUCUCGUUCCAGAAACACUGUCUUAUGGCGAUCUUCAUGUCCAGGCCAACAAACUAGGUCGAUACCUCAUAUCUCAGCAGUUGAAGCCUGAGGACAGGGUUGCUGUGUGCAUGGAUCGUAACCCACUGUUUCACAUAGUCCUGUUUGGAAUUCUGCGUGCCGGGGGUUGUUAUGUUCCAAUCGAUCCCGAGCUUCCAGACGAAAGGAAGUCAUAUAUAGCAAAGGACUCGGGCGCUAGAUUUGUCAUUUUGGAGUCUCAUAGGCACUCUCCUGAAAUAUUCGGGGACAUUGUCCUCGAUCUUGAUGACGAUCAUAUCUCGCAAGAUAUACAGGCAAUGACUACAGCCGAUCUGGCCGUUGCACUUCCAAACAAUCUGUCGUAUCUGCUCUAUACAUCUGGUACCACCGGUAACCCAAAAGGCUGCCUUCUCACCCAUGAAGGUCUCGUUGAAGCGAUACUAGCGCUAAGCUCCUUCUCAGCUGCUGUCCAAAUGGAUAAUAUCCGAGAUGGAAGAUAUCUUGGCAUUGCCUCUGUUGCGUUUGACGUACAUCUCUCGGAAACCCUUGUGUGCCUCUCUCUGGGUAUGGUCAUGAUUUCUGCGCCACGCGGACUACUGCUGGAGAAUCUUCCUCAUUAUAUCAGUCGUUUUGGCGUGACGCACGUUGGACUCGUGCCAAGCUUGAUUGACGCGACUAUGGGCACCAUUCAAGAAGAUGAAGCGAUGGGUGGCAUGAAACUGCGAUUCAUCGGCAGUGGUGGAGAGAAAAUCAGCGACACAAUUCUAGACAAGUGGGCGGAUCAUCCCAAAGUCCGACUUGCAAACUUCUACGGCCCCACCGAGGUGACCAUAGGAUGUUGUGCUCGUUUUAUGGAUGGCAACACACCCAAAAACAACGUUGGACAAGCCUUCAGUAAUGUUGCGGCUUACGUCGUUGAUCAGAAUCUCGAUAUAUUGCCGCGGGGGGGCGUCGGAGAGCUCGUCGUUGGUGGCCCCCUUGUUGGGCGCGGCUACUAUGGACGUCCGGAUCUAACGGAUAAAGUAUUUAUUGAGUGGCCACAGAAAGGUGCUUGGGCGUAUCGCACGGGGGAUCUAGCGCGUAUGAUGCCCGAUGGAUCAUUGGAAAUAAUCGGCAGAAUCGAUACUCAGAUCAAGCUACGCGGAGUGCGCAUCGAGUCGGAAGGAAUAUCCGCUGUGCUUCAGCGAGCUGCUCGGUCCUGCCUGCAGCUGAACCUUGAUGUUGGGACCAUUCUUGGGACCCAUCCAGAGAUUGGAGGCGGCAGCUCACCGCAGCUGGUUUCUUUCAUUUCUUGGGAUACGGGAAUAUCAAUCACUACGAGACGGGGCGGUUCUAGACCUGGACUGGUGGAAGCCGGAAGUGACCUCUUGCGCGUUUUGCGUGAUGCAUGCGAAAAGGAACUCGCAAGUUACAUGCGCCCUGCCCAUAUAAUAGCCCUCAAUUGGCUUCCGCUUAAUGCCAACGGCAAAGCGGAUACCAAAGUCUUGACCUCCAUCUUUUCAAGACUGGAUUUUAACGAGUUGAUCGGACUCCAAGACCCUACUGGCCACGUUGACAACCCAGACAGUGAUAGCCCUGCUUCUGACCUCGAAGAACGGAUACUAGAGCUCUUGAGAGAAAGCUUUGCGAUUACGACUUCCGGUGGACCUAUUGGUGUGCAUACUAGCUUGUUCGCGCUUGGAAUGGACUCCUUGUCACUUGCGCGGCUUGCAUCCACACUCAGGAGGACCUUUAAUAUCGAUAUAACUGUCGCAGAAAUAAUGAAGUCUCCUACUGUCCGGGGUCUGUCUACUCGACUGGAAGGUCUCGUCGUUUCGCGACCAGGAGCAGAUGCACCGGAUAUCGACAACUUCUCGUCACUAUGGAUGCCAGAAAUUCAGAAGAAAAUGCCGCGUCUCCACAUAGAGCGUGUUCUUCCCUCUUACCCUAUCCAAGAGGGUCUUCUGUAUCGUUCGGAGAGUUCGCCAACGAUGUGUGUGCAGCAUGUCGUGAUGCGAGUUCGAGAUGAUGUCUCUAUACCGCAAUUGCGUAGCGCCUGGGAGAAAGCAGUGGCAGAUAUCGAUAUUCUAAGGACUAUAUUUUUCUUCGGUAAGACCUUGGUCCAGGUGAUUUUGUCGCGGGAAACCUGUCACCUUCAUUGGGAGGAGUCUUCCGUUGCGGCGAGCGACAAUGAAACCUUCUCCAACUAUUUCUUUGAUGAAGAAGCCGCGAGAGUUACUGUGGAGAUCAACGCCCUCAUUACUUCUGUACCGCCCGUUCGUCUUCGGCUCUACCGCCAAUCCUGCGACACUUAUGUCGUACUAUCCAUUCAUCACGCUUUGUUCGACGCUAUUUCUCUACCUCGCAUACUGAAGUACGUCGAGGAUGCAUAUCUUGACAAGCCGCUUCAGAAUUUAAUCCCUCCCGAUCAAAUUUUGGAACACGUAACGUUCCGGGAUUUGACGCCUGCUCGAGAGUAUUGGACGUCGACUCUUCAUAAUUUUAACUGGUCUUACCGCAAUAUGAUGGAUGUGCCCCAAUCAGCUUCUCCUAGACGGAUUUCCAUAAUCCUCGAUACGCCGUUUUCAUACUUCCAACAAAUGCUUGCCCAUUGCCAAGUGACAUUGCAGGCCGCGUUGACUUGCACCUUUGCUUCGGUUCUCGCAAACCAUUUGUGCCAGUCGGACGACUUAAUCUUUGGGAUCAUUAGAUCAGGGAGGUUAGCACCUGUCGAGGGUAUGGGCGACGCCCUCAUCCCUCUGCUAUCCCUUGUCCCUAUGCGCGUCAACCUCAACAACCCUGAUUGUCUUCGUAAAGUCCAGGAUGACAUCAUUGCCGCGAUUCCAUUCGAAAAUGUUCCUCUUGGGCAGGUACAGAAAUGGGUUAGACCGGGUGCUGGUUUAUUCGACAUUCUUUUCUCGGUCAGGCCCGAAGACCAACCUGCGUACGAGCUCUUUGAUGUCGUGCGGAGUGAAUUGCCUCAGCCUGACUUCUUCCUGUCUGUGGAAGUUGUAGUGGACGUCUCAACAGAUCAGCUCGUUCUUCAAGCAGCCUUUUAUGAUGACGGAUCCCAGUUUGCCAAUAUUCAAUCGAUGCUUCUUCAAUUUGAGUCUGAGGCUCGCAGUGUCGUGAUCUCCGGAAUGCCCCAUGUCACUGUUCUACAGAAGUCCCCAGUCAAUCGAAUGGAAUCCAUGCCACCGGUUGUUACCGCUAAUGGCACACAUAAUUCUAAUGGGGAAAGGGGCAUCAGUGUCGCGCUGCACUCUGUGAGGAAGAUCAUAGCUGAGUUUUUGGGCGUUGAUCCCCAACGGCUAUGGUCGAGAACAUCAUUUAUUGCUCUGGGUCUCGAUUCCAUCAGGUCGGUGGGGCUUUCGCGAGCACUUAAGGAAGAAGGAUACCACGUAACUGCAGCAGAACUUAUGAAGUUCGCAUGUCUGGCUGAACUAGAGUCCUUACCGACGCUAUUGCAAGAUCCUGGUCGUGCGCAGUUGGAGUUGGAAGCCCAGGAUCUAUUUCAAGAAAAAUGUCGUACACUGGAGUCCCAUUUUGACGUCGCCACCUGUCGGUUUUCUGAUCGCGAUGAAGUCAAGAUACUUCCAACGACUGCUUUGCAGGCAGGGAUGUUAUCACAGACGGUCAUCUCUUCAGGUUUGCUCUAUAAUCACGUAUUCAUGUUCAAGCUGGCAUCUUCCGUGGAUCACGCCCGUCUUCGUCAAGCUUGUCAAUCUAUUGUCACGAGCUGUGACAUCUUUAGGACAACAUUCCAUUACAUCGUCGACCUGGGGAAAUGGGCACAAGUUUCGCAUUCUGAUGCGCCCAUGGUUUGGAUCGAUGUCACUCUGCGUGCUGGAGAAUCUCUAGAUGCGAUGAUCAAAACUGUCACCGCAUCAACGAGCGUAUCAGAACAGGGAACGUUAAAGCCUUCGUUGGCAUUUUGUUUAGUCGAACAGCAGGAAGACGUCGGGACCAAGAACUAUUUCUUUGGAAUUGCCAUGCAUCAUGCUAUAUAUGAUGGUGUUUCCGUCGGAGCGCUCCUCGAAGAGCUAGAGCGGGCGUAUCGAACCCAGUCUUCUACCACACUACCUCAGUUCUAUGACGCGCUUCCUUUGAUACUGCGGGAAGAACAUCAAAGCAUUCCCUUUUGGGUCCAAUAUCUGCAAGACUUUCGUCCUGUUCCAUUACCUCGCGCGGAGUCUACACAGCCUUCGUCUGCUAUCUGUUCUCGUCGAUUGAGGCUAGACCACCAUAUUCUGAAGACGGCUGCCAGUGAUGCGGGUGUCACGCUUCAGUGUUUGGGGCAGGCAGCUUGGUCAAAGUUCGUCUCGUCGAAGGUAUCUUCCUGUGACAUAAUGUUCGGGCAUGUUGUCUCCGGACGCUCUUUCCCAGGCUACGAAGACGUUGUCGGACCCAUGUUGAACACUAUACCAUGUCGUGUUCGUAUUGGCGAAACCACGACAAACAGGGACUUGUUGCGUUCUAUCCAUGCAAAUAACUUGGCCGCAUUAGAGUGGCAACAUGCCUCGCUUCGUGACAUACAGUCCGAGACGGGGCUCUUUGAUCUAUGGGACAGCAUAUUUGUCUUUCAACCUCUACAGUCCAAAUACUCAAGUCCUUUAUGGAGUUUGCUCAAUCCAGACGAGUUUCAAGCCAACGUUCAGUAUCCAUUGAACUGCGAGUUUCACGAAAUGGAUGAUGGAUUUUCUGUGACGUUGGCUUGCCUGUCAAAUAUCAUGGAUAUGGAGUCUUUGGAUCAUGAAAUAUCGCGACUCGAAGCCUUUCUCGUCACUAUUAUAUCCCAACCGAAUGCCAAGGCUGUCGCAGAUCUUCCCUUUGACAGCUGGAAACUUCCCCUCCAUAACGAUGUGCUGACCGCCAGCAUUGCACCCCACAAAGGAAUAGAUCAUUUACCUCCUGCGUUGGUCAAUGUCCUGACUUCUGUCGCCAAAUGUUCUGUCGAUAAGCUAGACCCGGACAGACCAAUUGCGGCUAUUGGGAUUGACUCGAUCACAGCGAUUCAGCUCAGCGCAAAAUGUAGGGAGGCAGGAAUCCCAUUGAGCAUUGCGGAUAUCGUCGCUUGCCGUACAAUCGGUGAUUUGGCUACAAGGGUAGUCGAAGUGGAAAGACAGCCAAGGACCGAUCCACCGCGUCUGGAUUAUUUAGUCCCUGAAAUCAAUUUUCAAACUUUCGCCGACAGAUUCCCAUCUGACCUGCGCGGAGACCUUGCGUUCACUCGGGCAACCUCUGGCAUGAAAUGGCUCAUCUCCGCUUGGCAAAAAAGUCAUUAUGCGCGAUUUCAGCAUGUAUUCGCCUAUAAAAUGACCCAGAAAAUCGACCCUGAACGACUCCGUAGCUCAUGGACGGAGUUCAUUUCUCGACAUCCCAUUCUCAGGUCGACAUUCGUCUCCGCAAAGUCUCAUUCGGACGUCCAAAUAGCGACUUUCAUUACCGACAAGAUGGGAAGCUCAUUUACCAUUGAGCCAUUCGAUGAUUCGCCUGACAACGCGGAUAGCCUGAAGGCGCGGAUGAAUACGAUCGUUUCUCGCCCACCUCCAACCGAUGGACCUCAGACCUACGCACUCCUUUUGAAUGGCUUGCACAGCCAAUAUUUACUGAUUAGAAUGCAUCAUUUCCAAUACGAUGCCUGGAGUCUUGCCCUUUUGAUCGAGGAUCUCUCUCAUAUCUACCUUGAACAACCCUCGUCGGUCACAUCAGAUUAUGGAACGUUCAUGUCAACAUUUGCACCAACGCAAGAAAAUCUCCAGAAGCAGGAAGAAUAUUGGCGGUCCAUCUUUUCACCCUCUUUCCGGCCAGAAUACUUUCCUCAGCUCAGACCAGUCAAGGACGAGAUUAUCUCUCGGACUGUUGUCAUCGCAAAGGAUGCGGUACACGGGGCAUCUACUCUUGAACAGCGCGCUCAGGCACAUGGCGUGUCGCUACAGAGCGUUUUGCUGGCAUGCUGGGCAUACAUCCAGUCUUCCUAUAUGUCGCCUGAGCAAGUGACAUUUGGAUUAUGGCACGCAGGUCGAACAGGACCUGUCGAAGAUAUUGACAGAUUAGCGUUCCCAUGCAUGAACGUGCUGCCAAUGCACGCUCGUCUUGGAAGCAACAGCAUCAUAGAUGUUGCUCGUAGCAUUCAAGAUGACCUACGGUUGCGCACUCCUGUCGUCCAGCAGACUGAUCUUCAGAUGAUAGACCAGUGGAUAGGAGGCACGGGUGCACCAUUGUGCAAUGUGUUUGUCAAUUUGAUUAGGUUACAGCUUCCGUCAGACGACGGAAAGGCGGGACUGUUUGAACCGGUAGAUAUCCCUUACAUGAUACCGGAAGACGUCCCAGAACCAAAUCCACAAACUGUCGACUGGAUCCCUAUGUCGAAUCUUAUACAGGACGAUGUUAUGGUUGAAAUUAUUGUACACCCUUUGGAGGAUACAAUAACGAUGUCGAUCGAAAGUGCCCCAGCUAUCAUGGACACACAACUCGCUAAGGAAGCUAUUGACUGUUGGUCAGAAAUAGUUGGAGGUCAUUGGGAAAGUAGAGUGUUCUCGUCAACAUGA